AUGUCUAAAUAUACUGCUUUAUAUGACUUUUAUAAUAAAUAAAAAAUAUACAAUUUUAUAAUUAAUAAAAUAAAAGCACUAGGCAUGUUAAUGGAUUGUGUAUUUUUUGUGGAGCUUAAUAUUUCUUUUCAGUUACAAUAAAUAUGUACUUUCUCGCACUUCUUUUAUCUGCAGCUUCUGGAGCUACCUGCCCUCUGUGGAGCUGCAGUACUUCACUGGCAACUGGAGUCUGUGUUGAAUACCAGGAUUCGAGCACCUACUUAGUCAACUAUAAUGGCUGCCCUUCAAGUGCUCCUUACUGCAACUACGAGUCUGUCCUAAGUUGGAUCCCUAACGCAUUCUCAGGCUACACCUGGAGCUGUGAAACUACUAUACCUUCCUAUCUCAUUUAUUGCUAUUUUUAUUAUCAAAAUCAUUCAAUAAAUCUUAUUUUUUUAUUAUUUUAAGCUUUAUUAUGUAUAAAUAAACAUUAAAUAUGCCAAUAAUAAACCCAUUAAGUAUAACACAACUGACUAUUGGACAGUUCCAUCCAGCUCCAAUUAUUUAGCCUGCAAGCCAAAAUAUUACAAUAAAAAUCUCGCAUCCGGCUCUCACCCAAAAGAAUGCAGCACUAUAGGCUCUACAGACUCUAAUUGUAUUUUAAAGGACGGGAGCUAUUCAGAAUGCAAAUGUGGACUAAAUGGAAAAGCUUACUGCGUCCCUGAGCCGUCAUCUGAAGCGUUUUCCGAUUACUGGACACAAUGCUGUACAAUUAAUUGUGGACACAUGGAUACGUUUAAGCAUUACUUGUAUUGGUAUUUGAAGAUGGAGUAUUAUGUGGAGUAUAUAAGUGGGUAUAGCUGCACAAAAAUAUUUACCCAGUUCUCAGAUAUUGAUAAUUUGGAUUAUGUCGGAGAUGGGGCCAUUGGGCUACUGAUGGGACUGGGAGCAGUAAUCUUACUAUAA